AUGGCUGCCGAAGAGAAUAAAUUUCGGCCGGAUUGGCGGCUGCGAUGUAUCUUUGGAGUUAUCGGUCUUCUAAACUUUGCCGCUGCCCUUGAUGCAACCUCCAUUUCGGUAGCGAUUCCGAGGAUUUCGGAAGACCUAGGGGGUACGGCGGUGGAAGCCUUCUGGUCUGGAACAUCCUUCCUCGUCUGCUCUUGCGUCUUCCAGCCCGUCUUUACUUUGUGCUCUGAGAUCUUUGGCAGUGCGCGGAUGCUAUUCGGGGCAGUCGUUGCCUUCACUCUCGGCGCUAUUCUAGCUGCCGUCUCGCAACAUUUCAACCUCCUUCUGGUCGGUCGAUGCAUCCAGGGUAUUGGCGGCGGUGGCAUUAUUGCCCUAACCGAAGUGUUGAUUGCUGAUUUGAUCCCUCUCCACGAACGGGGGAAGUGGAUGAGCUUUCGCGCAGUCACCUGGGCCUUCGGGACCGUCCUUGGCCCUGUUGUCGGUGGUGCCUUGGCCGACCAUGCAUGGCGUUGGAUAUUUUGGAUCAACUUGCCCUUCUGUGGUUUGGGCUUGAUCCUGAUUCCGGUCGUUAUGCGCUUGCACCGCGACCAGAGCCCACUCUGGAUCCGCCUCUCCUCAGUGGACUACCUAGGCUGUGUCCUCUUUGUCGGCUCCCUGUCGUCGUUUCUGGUCCCGCUCAGCUGGGGCGGUAUCAUGUACGCGUGGGACUCCUGGCACACCCUUGUUCCGUUAGUGCUGGGGGCAGUCGGAUUAGUCGUCUUCAUCAUUUAUGAGUCGUUCGUCCCUCGCCAACCUCUGAUUCCGACCCAGAUAUUCCGCAAUUCGACCACUGCAAUCAACUACCUUGGCUGUUUUCUGCAUGGCAUGGUCAUGUGGUGCGUUCUUUAUUACCUGCCACUCUACUACGAAGCCUGCCUCGCCUACAGCGCCGUCAUCGCCGGUGCUGCCAUGCUCCCACUGACCCUCACGGUCGCGCCCCUCUCUGCGAUAACUGGCAUCGUGAUUGCCAAAACUGGUCGCUACCGCUGGGCGAUCUGGCUGGGUUGGGCCCUGACCACACUGGGCAUAGGGAUCCUCUACCUUCUUGAAGCGGGCACCAGUAUCCCCAAGUGGAUAUUCAUUGCUCUCGUUUCCGGCCUCGGCCUCGGCACUCUCUUCACCUCGAUGAUGCUCGCCGUGCAGGCAUCUGCGGACGUCCAGUUCCUCUCGAUAACCGCCACUAUGGCAGCGUUCUUCCGCACGCUCGGCCAGACAGUAGGCGUCGCAAUCGGAGGCGUAGUGAUACAGAACCGUCUCGGGGUUGAGAUACCAGCGCACGUGGCUGGCCUAUCCGGUGGCAGGGCGGAGAACCUGGCAAGCGACGCAGCAACACUGGUCCGGUACAUUCAGAGCUUAGCCGAAGGGAGUAAUGAACGAACCGGGCUUGAGCAAGCCUAUGCUUCGUCCGUGGGGAUCGUAUGGCUGACCAUGUGUGGAAUCGCCGGCGUUGGAUUUAUUUCCGGUCUCUUCGUGAAGAAGUACCCCAUGACCCAGGCGUUCAAGCCGCGUCAGGGGAUCCGGAGCGAAACCUCGCAGCUAUCGUAG